UGCAACGCGAGCAGACGUCGAGAUCGAAUUACGGAGAGGAACAUGGUGCUCUUAUCGAAAUCAUCGGGAUCCACGCGAAGCUUCUUCGUCGGUGUGCUUCUAGUCGGAACCGUCGCAACAAUCAUUUCCCAGAACGUUUCCAAAGCCGACGAAGUGCCAGCAUUCUUUUUGAAAAUCGCGAAAAACAUUCCUCGCGUGGGUCGGAGCGAUGGCUACGAAGACUACCUUCUCAAGUCGCGGAAGAAUGUUCUCAAACACGCGGGACACAUCGGUGAAACACAGCCUGAAUCCUGGUCGUCUUUCGCCGACGAAGAUCCUUUCUCUGGCCCCAUAAAGAGACGCAUGGAAUAUCCGUCGGAUGACGAUGCUCGAACAUGGCAAGAUUUCCCACUGCGAAUCGGAGGUUCGCAGAAACUUUGGCGGACUUUGGCUGGCUACACAGACGACGGAGAUGAUAUCGACAACGAGAUAUGGAAGCGGAAGAAGAGGACAGGGGACGAAGCCGUGGAUUCGCAGGACAAUUAGCGAAGGGGGCGUCUCGACGCAGCCACGAUGUCCGUGGAACAAUAUACUUAUACUUUAUUUCUGGUGUAAGGUGUUGGG